GCUUUAUUACAAGGGGAAAAUCAGAAAAUGAUAUCAAGAUAAACAAAAUUCAUAUUAAAUAGGUUAGGAUAAUAAUAAGUAUUUAAUCCGCGCCUAAAUACGUUAGGAUCACAAAAUUCAAAAACCCUUUCACGCUCACCAAAAUACGUAUCCCGUACGAACUCAGACCCAGACGCGAUCACACCGCGCGUACGUAACCUCUCCCCUAAAAAACAAACAAAUAAAAUAAUAAAUUUAAUGGCAGAAGAGAAAGAAAUCUACACAAGGAUUCUCUGUGCUUUGCUUUCCAUGGCAGCACCAGCAGCUGCUGCCAUAAAUGUAAGAAUCUGCAGAGCCACAUAAACCGCGACGACACUCUACAAAUCAAUCUUUACAUAUAUAUACAUGCGUAUGUAUUCAAUUCCCUGUCUCUUUCUCUCUCUCUGUAUAUGAAAAACGCGUUUUCUUUGAAACGCACCAGUAAAUCCGUGUUAAUUUUGACUCUUCUUUGCUUUCGUAAUUCUGCAAUUUUUCGAACCGGAUCAGUUCUGCAUAGCCAUUAUUGUUGCUCAAGAAAGUCUGUUUUUCCAAUCACAAUCCUCCGGAAAUGGUAGGUUUCCGGUUCGUCGCCUCCUUGUUGUUUGUUUCUGUUUCUCUUCUGUUUCCCCCUUUCUGCCUCGGGAUUCGGUCCUUACCGACCAAGGAAAUUGGGGCCGGCGGUGGUUCACUGUCCUUAUGGUCCGACGAGCAAUUCCGAUUCGAUGAAGCGCCGGGCUACCAGAACGGGAAUGGUUGCCCUCUUAAGGCCAGUAAUCGGUCUUCUUCGUCCGGUGAUCCCUCUCUGGUACAUAUUGCGAUGACUCUUGACUACGAGUAUCUUCGUGGAUCUAUUGCGGCUGUUUACUCGGUUUUGACACACGCUUCCUGCCCGGAAAACGUGUUCUUCCACUUCAUCACGGCGGAGUCCGACGGCGCGAGUGAACGCCUGAGUCGACUCGUGAAAUCCACUUUUCCUUCAUUGAAUUUCCAGGUCUACAUCUUCAAAGAAGACAAGGUAAUCAAUCUAAUAUCUUCUUCCAUUCGUCAAGCACUUGACAACCCCUUAAAUUAUGCAAGAAACUAUCUAGGUGACCUUCUUGAUUCCCGUAUCGAGCGAGUAAUCUACCUCGACUCGGACCUGGUGGUUGUGGAUGACAUACAAGAUCUCUGGAACACAAAUCUAACUGGGAAAAGUGUCAUUGGUGCACCCGAAUACUGCCACGCCGAUUUCACCAAGUAUUUCACUGAUCGCUUCUGGACCGACCCGACUCUGUCACAGGUCUUCAAAUCAAGGAAGACUUGUUACUUCAAUACUGGGGUUAUGGUAAUGAAUUUGGUGAAAUGGAGAAAAGGCAAUUACAGGCUGAGAAUAGAGAAGUGGAUGGAGAUACAGAAGACGAGGAGAAUAUACGAGUUAGGGUCUCUGCCACCAUUUUUGCUUGUGUUUGCUGGUACUGUGGAGCCUAUUGAUCACAGUUGGAACCAGCAUGGGCUUGGAGGGGAUAAUGUGAGAGGAAUUUGUCGGUCACUGCAUCCGGGCCCGGCUAGGUUGUUACAUUGGAGUGGAAAAGGGAAGCCGUGGGUCAGGCUUGAUUCAAAAACUCCAUGUGCCGUUGAUUCUCUUUGGGUGCGAUAUGAUCUUUACAAUCCUUUUAAGGACAGACUGAAAGGUUAGCCAAAUCACUGGGAUUUCUGCUGCUACAUUCAUUGGGUAUUCUGAGUUAUUUGUGAUGGUGAUGAUGAUUUUAUUCAUUUUCUUCUUUAAGAGACACAUUUGUUGUAAGAUUCUUUGAUAUAGCUGUGUACAGACGCUGGUAUCGGUGGGGGAUUGGGCUGACAUUGUGCGAUGACUGGGCAGGGGCACUUACUUUCAUUUCCAUAUGCAAUUCUUUCUUGUCAUUAUUGAUGAUUUUCAUUGUAUUUACUCUUUCUAAUAUAGGGGCUCGAUUCCUCUUAUCAGGGGGUGUUCCAGUUCUUGGAACAAUUUUGGUGGAUUGAUUUUCUUUGUAUGUAAAACUGUAUUCUGGAGGAUGAUAUGAAUAACAUCAUAUGGUUGUUCUUUUAAUUCAA